UUAUUUUGGGAGUCAUUGGCGGAUAAAUUAGGAUUCAAAGUUGCAGGGGACGAAUCCCAGCGAAGAAAGUCUUGGGAGCAAUCAUUCAUGUCACAAGUCUCUAUGCAAUCAGAUAUUUGAAUUUCGCCUGGAGUGAUAAAUUUGUCGUUUUUUUCAAAUUUAUGAAAUUAGCAGAAUAUUUGAUUUAAACUCUAAAUCUAUCGCAAAUUUUGCUCAAAUCAAAAUCAGAAUCAAAUAUAUGAUUUCCCUCGCAGCUCAAAAACACAAAUAUUCAAUUUUUUUGGGUUCAAGUCUGCUUUUGAGUAAAAAAUACUCAGCCUUGGCCAGCCUCCGGCCACGGAGCCACGAGCUCUUCUUCUACAUCACAGUGCUUGUCCUCCUCUUAUGGUCCGAACAAGGGACCCACAUAAAGCACUGCCUCGUCCUGUUAGCUGCACCCCAUUUUCUCUCAUGGAGGUCGACAUGGAGAACUUGGUGGAGAAAGAUGAGAGCUUUGCUGAAGAACAAGAAGAAGAAGAAGACGCCCGGGUCAGCAGUUGCAGCUCUGAAGCUUCCUCUCCUGAAGAUGCUGGAAGUUGCAGUAACGGAGGCUGUGAGGAAUCCUUGAAGCAUGCAAACUCAUUGGGCUGUCCAUUGCCCAACACCUCCAUUUCAGAUCCAGCGAAUGAACGCGUUCAAAUUGAAAAGAUGAAGCCAAAAAUUUCUGAGUUUGAGAUGAUGAAAGAGAGGUUUGCAAAACUGUUACUUGGAGAAGAUAUGUCUGGGUGUGGAAAGGGUGUAUGCACUGCUUUGGCGAUUUCAAAUGCCAUUACAAAUCUCAGCGCUACAAUUUUUGGGCAGUUAUGGAGGUUGGAGCCAAUAUCAUCUGAGAAGAAAUCCAUGUGGAGAAGAGAGAUGGAUUGGCUUCUUUGUGUCAGUGAUCACAUAGUUGAGCUGAUACCAUCUUGGCAGAUAUUUCCUGAUGGGAGCAAGCUGGAGGUCAUGACUUGCAGACAACGAUCCGAUCUAUAUAUUAAUCUUCCAGCAUUACGGAAACUUGAUAAUAUGCUACUUGAACUAUUGGAUGGUUUCAGUAACCCAGAAUUUUGGUAUGUUGAUCAAGGGAUACUAGCCUCAGACACUGAUAGCUCAGCUUCUCUUCGAAAGCUUACUCUUCCCCUUCAAGAAGAAAAAUGGUGGCUUCCGGUCCCUCGCGUUCCUCCUGGUAGUUUCUCAGAAAAUACCAGAAAGGAACUGCAAAACAAUCGUGAAUGCACAAACCAAAUCCUUAAAGCUGCAAUGGCUAUCAACAGCAAUGCCUUGGCUGAAAUGGAGAUCCCUGAUUCCUACAUUGAUUCUCUUCCAAAGACAGGAAGAGCCAGCCUUGGUGAUAUAAUAUACCGUCACAUAACCUCAGAGCAAUUCUCUCCUGAUUGCCUCCUUGCUUGCCUCAACCUUUCUUCUGAGCACCAAACUCUAGAGAUUGCCAACAGUGUCGAAGCCGCAAUGUAUCUAUGGCGUCGAAGAACUGCUGCAAGACCUAUGCACAUGAAUUGCACCAAAAAUAAACCAUCUUGGGGCAUGAUCAAGGAUAUGAUUGUAGACGUGGAUAAAAGAGAGCUUCUUGCUGAUAGAGCUGAGAGCUUUCUUCUGUAUUUGAAGCAAAGAUUCCCUGGCCUCACACAAACAACACUAGAUAUGAGCAAAAUUCAAUACAACAAGGAUGUUGGGAAGUCCAUCUUAGAAAGCUAUUCUAGAGUUUUAGAGAGCCUUGCAUUUAACAUUAUAGCUCGUAUUGAUGAUCUACUUCAUGCUGAUGACAUGGCUAAGUAUUCAGAUCAAUUCUCAUCAGCUCCUGAAAUCAGCAUUUCUGUGCAUAAGAGCAAGAAAGGAGUACCAAUUUCUAGCUCUGGAACUCCAUUUUUGACUCCAAGCUUUUCUCCUUCUCUACUUGUUAGCCCUGCAAGAGAGGAAAGGUUGCCCUUCAACCGAAAGAAUAUUACUUUCGGACUUGGGAUGAAGAAAGUUUUGACAGACUACCUUGGCCUAGAAGCUAAGACCAUGAAAAAGCAGCAGCUUCACGGCCAAUUCUAAGUAUAACUUAGCCUCUUAGAAAUAGUGUGAUGUGUGGAAGAGCUGCUGAAGUUGGAAGGCAUUUGGGGCUCAAAUUUGUGUCAAUAUUUCAUGGUAUUUUGAUGAGUGAUGCACUUUGCUGUGCUAAUUGUUUUAUUCUUAUUCAUUAUCAUGUUUUGCUUGGAAGGUCCUAUGGCAUUUUUAAAGUAAAAGCCUUGUUUUGCAAGAAUUUCAUGGUUCAAAUUUGGUAUGAUUCUCAUUAUCCUCAUCAUCAUCAGUAUUGUUCAAAUUAUUUGGGAUUGGCUAAUUUUCUGUAAUUCACUCACUG